AUGGAUCAGUGGCCAGCAGAUGAACUAAAGGUGAUCAUUCGUGCCGACCGUCGGCCCCCUGGAGAGCAUGAAAGACGCUUCAAUGCACCCACAACUAAUGAAAUAGCUGCUGUCAUUGUUGGCAAUGAGUUUGAAACACGUGACAUUGUUCUUCGACGGCGCGACGAGACUCUGGUUAGGGUGGCGGAAACACACAGGUUUUACGAUGCUCUGCAGUAUCCUUUGAUAUUCUGGAAAGGCCAAGAAGGAUACCAUUUUUGCAUUCCACCAAAUAAUCCGGCCAACAAUCAACCUGUUUACAACAAAAAGAUAACUUCCCUCCAGUUUUAUUGUUUUCAUCUUAUGGUUAGGAAUGGUAGCUUCUCCAUUCAUCUGUACAAACAACUGUUGAAUCAAUUCGUUGUCGACAUGUUCGUUAAAAUUGAGUCAGAAAGACUUCAUUUCAUUAAAAAAAAUCAAGGAAAACUUAGGGCAGAAAACUACAUCCAUCUCCAAGACGCAAUUGCUGUUGACGGUACUACGAACCCUAACAACCUUGGUCAAGUAGUCAUUCUGCCAUCAACGUUUACCGGCAGUCCACGUUAUAUGCACGAACAUGCUCAGGAUGCGUUGGCCUAUGUAAGACAUUAUGGGAGACCAGAUUUGUUCAUCACAAUGACCUGCAAUCCUAAAUGGGAAGAGAUUACCUCAGAAUUGUUUCCAGGACAAAAAGCAACAGGCAGACACGAUGUAGUUGCUCGAGUUUUUCGACAAAAAAUCAUAAAGUUUAUUGCCGUUAUCACCAAAGGUGAAAUAUUUGGUUCUGUAAGGUGCUGGAUGUACACUGUGGAGUGGCAGAAACGCGGUUUACCUCACAUUCACGUUCUGAUUUGGCUGUCCGAACAAAUCCAACCCAACAAAAUUGAUGACAUCAUAAAAGCAGAAAUUCCUGACAACACUGUCGAUCCCCUUCUAUACGACAUUGUUAUAAAGAACAUGGUGCAUGGUCCAUGUUGUAACCUCAAUCCUAACUCCCCAUGCAUGAAACAUGGAAAGUGUACAAAAGGGUAUCCAAAAUCUCCUAUUAAAGAGACUCAGACUAACGAGAAUGGUUAUCCACUGUACAGAAGACGCAGCCCUGAUGACGGUGGCAGAAUUGCUCAUAUCAACAUGACAGCCACUGGUAACAAUCCUGUACAAAUUGAUAACACAUGGAUUGUUCCUUACAGCCCACUACUAAGCAAGUUAUUUAAUGCUCACAUAAAUGUCGAAAUUUGUAGUUCAGUUAAAUCGAUAAAGUAUAUAUGCAAAUACAUUAACAAAGGCAGUGAUCAAGCAGUAUUUGUACUUCAAGGCGAAGUGAACCAACAUAACCGCCUUGACGAGGUUGAGAUGUAUCAGUCGGGUCGGUAUGUCAGCAGUAAUGAAGCUUUCUGGAGGAUAUUUAGUUUUCACCUUCACUAG